AUGGUGUAUGGAGGCAAGCCUAGCACCGGGUGUCACCUUUGUCGCAAGCGGAAGAUCAAGGUAAGCACAUGCUAUCGGCGCAUCCACUCCGAACCCUGCAUUACCCUUAACAUACCUCCUGGGCAGAAAAGAUACAUCCCCGCCAACAAUGGCCAGACCCCAUCAGAUACUGGAUCCCUAUCAGAUGCAUCAUCGCGCAUGAGCAGUGCAUCCAGCUCUAGCUCGUCACUCGAUCUAAUCAGCAUCCCCGAUGCAACCUGGCUACAGCGUGCAAUAUGUUAUUUCUUUGACCAAUUCACCAUCAGUCCCGAUUGCGAGGGGAUAGGCCACAUGGACUACCUGCCGCCGCUGUAUGCGCAGCUUGAUCCUCGGACUCGGGAACCGUCGGGGAACUGUCUUCAGUGGGCAGUUGAUGCGACGGCGCUCAUGGCUUAUGCGCAAGGGUUGAGUGCACCUCCGCUCAUGCACCAGGCGCGUCAGCGGUUCGGAAAGGCGCUGCGUAGUCUCCGCGAGGCACUGAUUUCGCCGACUCAGGCCGCCAAGGAUGAGACAUUCGCUGCUAUGCUGAUCUUGUCACUGUAUGAAGAUAUCAGCGGCGAACGCAAUGGUCUCCAUAGCUCUCAUACCGCUGGGUUUGAAUACUUGAUGAAACUUCGGGGCCAGGGGCAAUUGGAACAUCAGCGUGGUCGUGACAUGUUCAAUUUUGCAUAUGUUCAGAUGCAUGUGGGAAUCCUGGCCCUGGGCGACAAACCUCGCGAUAAUUUAGACUCGGUCCUCGAGGGCCUGUCCAAUAGCGACGAUCCGACAGAGCGGUUAAUGCUAACAACAUCCAAAAUGCGACAUCUUGCCCGGGACAUCGACCAGGAAAUAUGCGCUUGGGGAAUGAGCCUCCCUGACCGCUGGCUGCCCCUCGUCGUCUACUCCGCCCAAGGCGAACAACUAUUAACUUACCAUCAUGGCGUGCACGGCGUCACCUGGCUAUACUACCGAGCGCUACGUAUUUUGCUACAACGACAGAUUAUCGGGCUCAACAGGACACUCCUCUCGGUCCUUGCACAGAAGAGCCAGCACAGUCCACCAGAUGAUCCUCCUUGGAGCAGUCUCCAGGUCGACGAGAGCAGUCUGGAAGGGAUUAUCAAAGAGAUGACGGCGGAUGCCUGUCGCAGUAUACCCUUCUGUUUAUCGCAGGUUGAUUACCUCGGCCGCCCCCUCGGCCCCAAUCAUCACAGAAAGAACAUCCGCGCGGCCCAGUGCUUCGGCCUGGUCUGGCCACUUUGGUAUAUCCUGACCAAUGGCAUGCCCAGUCCGACGCAGGCGGAGCAGAUUAUCUCCGUGCUUCAUCAUGUUGGGCAUAGCCAAGGAAUUCAUUUAGCUCUGGUCCUUGCUCGGAAAGUCGAG